GCACCCGCCCCUGGAUCCGCGGCCCCCGCUCCUUCCGCCCCCCUUCCCUCUCUCACUUCCCACGCCCCCUCUUCGAGCUCCUCUCUCCUCCCUUUGCCGCCCAGCCUCAGCUCCUGAGUAGGGGGAGAGCCCACGGUUUCAGUUGCUCCGAAGAAGGCGUGAAUCGCCCAAGGGUUGACUAAUUCGGGGUGAGGGUCGCGGUGGGAGAUGGAGCCGCCCGAGGACAUGACGUCGUUGAGCGAGUUCGACUCGUUGGCGGGCAGCAUCCCGGCCACCAAGGUGGAGAUCACCGUGUCCUGCAGGAACCUUUUGGACAAAGACAUGUUCUCCAAGUCCGACCCAUUAUGUGUCAUGUAUACUCAAGGAAUGGAGAACAAGCAGUGGAGGGAGUUUGGACGAACUGAGGUCAUCGACAACACUCUCAACCCCGAUUUUGUGCGCAAAUUCAUUGUGGACUACUUCUUCGAGGAGAAGCAGAACCUCCGUUUCGACCUAUACGACGUUGACUCGAAGAGCCCUGACUUAUCCAAACACGAUUUCCUGGGCCAGGCCUUCUGCACCCUUGGAGAGAUUGUGGGGUCUCCCGGGAGCCGCCUGGAAAAGCCCCUCACGAUAGGAGCGUUCAGCCUGAACUCCAGGACGGGCAAACCCAUGCCAGCUGUGUCCAACGGAAGUGGUCUUUGGAUGGAAAGUUUGAGAACCACGGGUCUGGAAGCCUCCGGCGGUGUCUCAGGGAAGAAAUGUGGCACCAUCAUCCUGUCCGCUGAGGAGCUCAGCAACUGUAGGGAUGUCGCCACGAUGCAGUUCUGUGCCAACAAGCUGGACAAGAAAGAUUUCUUUGGGAAGUCCGACCCAUUCCUGGUGUUCUACAGAAGCAACGAGGAUGGAACGUUCACCAUCUGCCACAAGACCGAGGUCAUGAAGAACACCCUAAAUCCAGUCUGGCAAACUUUCUCCAUUCCUGUGAGAGCCCUCUGCAAUGGAGACUAUGAUCGGACCAUCAAGGUGGAGGUGUACGACUGGGAUCGCGAUGGCAGCCACGACUUCAUCGGGGAGUUCACCACCAGCUACCGGGAGCUGGCCCGUGGGCAGAGCCAGUUCAACAUCUACGAGGUGGUAAAUCCAAAAAAGAAAAUGAAGAAAAAGAAAUAUGUGAAUUCUGGCACAGUCACGCUGCUUUCCUUUGCUGUGGAGUCAGAGUGCACAUUUCUGGACUACAUCAAAGGAGGGACCCAGAUCAACUUCACGGUGGCCAUCGAUUUCACGGCCUCCAAUGGGAACCCCUCGCAGUCCACGUCGCUGCACUACAUGAGCCCGUACCAGCUGAACGCCUACGCGCUGGCCCUGACCGCCGUGGGGGAGAUCAUCCAGCACUAUGACAGCGACAAGAUGUUCCCCGCCCUCGGCUUCGGGGCCAAGCUGCCCCCUGACGGCAGGGUGUCCCACGAGUUCCCGCUGAACGGCAACCAGGAGAACCCCUCGUGCUGCGGCAUCGAGGGCAUCCUGGAGGCGUACCACCAGAGCCUGCGCACGGUGCAGCUCUACGGCCCCACCAACUUUGCCCCUGUGGUCACCCAUGUGGCCAGGAGUGCGGCCGAGGUACAGGAUGGCUCCCAGUACUCGGUGCUACUCAUCAUCACCGACGGGGUCAUCUCGGACAUGGCGCAGACCAAGGAGGCUAUCGUCAAUGCCGCCAAACUGCCCAUGUCCAUCAUCAUCAUCGGCGUGGGCCAGGCGGAGUUCGAUGCCAUGGUGGAGCUGGACGGCGAUGACGUGCGGAUCUCCUCUCGGGGCAAGCUGGCCGAGCGGGACAUCGUCCAGUUUGUGCCCUUCAGAGACUACGUGGACCGCACGGGCAACCACGUACUGAGCAUGGCACGCCUGGCCCGUGACGUGCUGGCUGAGAUCCCGGACCAGCUGGUGUCCUACAUGAAGGCGAAAGGCAUCCGCCCACGCCCCCCACCGGAGGCCCCGGAGAGCUCGCCCUCGCAGUCCCCAGCCUGCACGCCCCCUGCCUCCCCCUUGCACACGCACAUCUGAGCCUGGCCCAUGGCAAGUGGCUGGGGCCGCAGGAGGCCAGAGGGUGUGCAGGGUCCCUAGACCCCACUACAGUCUGCCCAGCCCAGCCUUUGGAACCCGGUGUGCCUGGGAGGCUGACAGAGGGCGAGGCCUCUGGAGACUCCUUCCCAAUUUCCUGGCCUCACUUAUGGCCCAAACCCAGGGAGUUGGGGGGUACAGGUGGUAGAGGUAGGGUCCUGGGCCCUGUUCUUCUCUUCUUCCCCAACACUUGGUUCUAGCCCAGCCAGGACGGUGUCAACAAUCAGGGCGACUGGGGCCUUCUUGGCCCACCUGGACAAUCCCGUCUGCUCUGUAUGGCCCUGCAGCCUGGGCUGGGCCUCCCUUCUGCAGGCGCCCUGAGCCCUGUGCCCGCCCCUGCUCCUGUGCUGUCUGCCCUUCUGCCUGGCCCCCGACCCCCACCCCAGUAUCUGUCCUGUCCCUGUUUCCUGUGAACCCCGUGAGGCGGAUGGGCUGGCAGGAGUGCCUGGACCUGUGACCCCUCCCAGGGACACAUGCUUGUGGUGGAAACCCGCAGCCUCCUGAAAGGAGGCUGUGAUGGUGGAUCAUAGGCCAGGUGAUGGGCCAGGAAUGGAGGCUUUUCAGGCGCAGAGUCUUCUCUGAUGCCUCUGAAGCCCAGUAUGAUGGGUUCUAGACACACGAUCCACAAGCCUCUGCCUGGCACGUGGGCCCACAAGCACCACAGCUGGCACCUGGUUCCGGGCACCUCACCUCCCACAAACGCUGCCCGGGGUCCUUGGUGUCCACUCCUCUGCUGCUCACCUAGGGGCCUGGGCAAGGACAGCCCAGCCCCAGCACUCCCACCCUGCCCCUUUGUCCCAGGGAGUAGGAGCUGGGUUCAAGUCCUGCCUGGGUUCAAGCCCCGCCUGCAGCCCCUGUCUGCCGUGGGAACCCAGGCAAGGACCUCUGCCUCCUGGGUCUUGGUUUCCACAUCUGUGUGGCGAGAGGGUUGACCGGAUGGUGCCCGGGUUACCUUACACUCUGAUGCCCUGAGAGUCCAUCUACACCAUCCCCAGCUCCCCCAUCCCCUCCUCACCGGUGCAACCUCUCACCCCAGGCCGUCUUGGCUCUAGGGUCACUUGUUCCAUCUUGUCACCACCCCAGUCCUUCAGCCUUGGACUCAGGCGUCUGAGGCCGAGCCCCUGCCCCUACCCCUGCCCCUGCCAUGGGAAAGGCGAGAAAGGUGAUCUCACACCCCUGGGCCCGCCCAGCUGCCCAGCCUUUACCCAUGUGGGAGCAGGCCGUGCAUGCCAGUCCCUCUGCCGCAUGGGGCCCCUCAGCCUGCUGAAUGUCCCGUGCCGCCUGGCGGAGACCAGGCCCACCUGUCUGCUGCCCGGCACCUCUCCCUCCCUGUCAUGCAUGACGGUGGUGUGUCUGAGUUGUCUGGUCCUGUGCCUGUG